ACAGACACCCUGCUCCCAGCUGGCCCACGAGGCACCCAUGGGUUCACUGGUGGCCAAGCUCCUCCUGCCCACCCUCAGCUCCUUGGUCUUCCUCCCCACCAUCAGUAUCGCGGCCAAGCGGCGUUUCCACAUGGAAGCCAUGGUUUACUUCUUCACCAUGUUCUUUGUGGCGUUUUACCACGUUUGUGAUGGCCCUGGGCUAUCAGUGCUGUGCUUUAUGCGCUACGACAUCCUGGAGUACUUCAGCAUCUACGGAACAGCCCUGUCCAUCUGGGUGUCCCUGAUGGCCCUGGCAGAGUUUGAUGAGCCCAAGAGAUCGACCUUCAUCAUGUUUGGCGUCCUCACCAUCGCCGUGAGGAUCUACCACGACCGCUGGGGCUACGGCGUCUACUCGGGCCCCAUCGGGACGGCCGUGCUGGUGAUCACGGUCAGAUGGUUGCAGAAGAUGAAGGAGAAGAAAGGGCUCUAUCCUGACAAGAGUGUCUACACCCAACAGAUUGGUCCUGGCUUCUGUUUCGGGGCGCUGGCACUGAUGCUGAGGUUCUUCUUUGAGGAGUGGGAUUACACCUACGUGCACAGCUUCUACCACUGUGCCUUGGCCAUGGCCCUCGUGCUGCUGCUGCCCAAGGAGAACAAGAAGGCCGGGAGCGCCGGGACCCCCGCCAGGCUGGACUGCUCCACGCUCUGCUGCUGCGUCUGAGCCCCCGGGCAGGCCGGGCACGCGUGUUCCUGCCCCUGGGUGAUGGAGGGCUGCAGCCAAAAGGAAAAUGCCUGCCUGCUGGGUUUUCCUCUGGCAUC